CUGAAAUACAUGAUCAAGAAAUUAAGAAAAGCGUGAUAUACUCCAUAAUGUGCGAUGUUUGUGAAAUUUCCUUUUAUUGCAUUGGCAGAUAUUGACCAUUUAAAUGUAUGACAAUUAUGGACUAAUUGAAGGUGUUUUAUGGGACUCAGAUGAUUCCACGUGAGUGGAAGACAAAAGGUAUAUCAUUGCAAAAUUAGCAAUUACUGGAUUUCUGUUACCUAUAGUUGUUCAUGUAAGAAAUCAAACAACUUAGAUUCUCAGAUGACAUUUCUUGGAAGGUUUGUGUAUUGUGACAAACAUUGCUUUAGUAUGAAUUGUUUUAUAUACACGUUUUAAAUAAAUAAAAACUAUUAAAAUACCUAGCAAGAAAUUAUCUUAUUAUCAUUUUAUACAUUUUGGGCCUACAAAUAUCUUAUUUCCAGGGGUGUUCUUUUUACACAAGCCCUCCUCAAGGUGGCGAUAGGGGCCCAUCAAUUCGUGCAGAACCUCAAUAGGGCAGCAUAAUCUACAGUUGAUCCAGCAUGGCGGUGGUUAAGAGACCCAAACGCGUGGCAGCGUCGCAGUCGGGAUUCAUAUCUUUAAAAUCGUCGGCCGACUCAGAUGACUUGAACAGUGGCCGGAGAAUGCGUGUGAAUAAGAAUAAGAAAAAGAAUUGGAACAAACACAGUGAUAUUCAAGAUAUUGAAGAGUUUUUGGAUGACGUGAGACUUCAGGAAAGAGCUACAGGAGGACUGAUAUCUGAGAAGCCAGAUGAUAGCCUGUUCUUUGUGGACAUCGGAGAGCAGAGAAAAAGUGUCCAGCCAGAAGUCCAAGAGGGGAAGAAGUCAAAGUCACAGCCCCUGAGGAUAGACCUGAUUCUGCAGCAUGACUCCCUUGUCCCUCCGCCUAAAGAUGUUUUGGCACACCAGCAACCGAACGCAAAGAAACUCCGCCGCAUUGGAGAGAAUGCAGAGAGAUUGGCAGCCAUGGGCGUGUUGCCACGGAGACAGAAACGGCUCUUGAACCGCAGACCGGCAACUACAACGUGAAAGGCAAAGACGGCGGCCAACAACUUCCCAGACAGACCCUAUUAUGACCUGUGGGGAGGAGAGGCCAUAGAGACAGCAGAUCCUUACUACCUUGAGCAAACAGGGAAAAGGCGUGUGAAGCGACCAGAGAAGCUCAAUGCAAAGCCCUCUAUUCUCCCAGCAGUGGAGGUCAUAGCCCCCGGAGGCUCCUACAACCCAGACUUCUUCUCCCAUCAGGCCUUGUUACUGGAGGCCCAUGAGGUGGAGGUGAAGCGGGAGAAAGCGGAACUGAGAAUAGAGAGACAGCUGGCUGUCAACCGAGAGGAUACCGCCACUGAGGAGACGGUCUUCCAGGAACAAGUGGAAGGGCUAGUGGAAGACGAUGAAGAAGAAGAUGAGGAGGAAGAGGAUGUUUCUAUUCGUGGCGGCUUGCAGCAGGAUAAAAAGACAGAGAAAGAAAGGAAGAGAGAGCGCACCGACAAGAUAAAGUUGCAACAGAAGCAGGCGGCGAGGGCGUUCACUGACAAGAAGCAGCAGCUCUUCCAGCUGCGCUCCAUCCAGGCGACACUGAAGAGGCGGGAGCAGCGGACCAGAGAGAGGGUGGCCCAGCGCAAGGCCAACCAGGAGGCAGAGAAGUCCAUGCCCCGACGUCUCGGCAGACUCAAGUUCCAGGCUCAGGAUCUAGAGAUCCAGCUGAGUGAUGAGAUUCCUGGAUCCCUGCGGACACUCAAGCCAGAGGGCAGUGUCCUCAAGGACCGCUUCAAGAGUAUGCAGAAGAGGAACAUGAUUGAGCCCAGAGAACGAGCCAAGUUCAAGAGGAGACACAAGGUGAAGUAUGUUGAGAAGAGGGCCUUCAAGGAGAUCACCUAGCGACCAAACCAACCUAUUGAACUGUUCAGGACUAUGUUGUCACUCACAACAACACAGCGGCACCCACCACCACUGAGUGACAGCCAGCCAGAGAGCUACUGUUUGCUCUCUCAAAAUGUCAUCUAUCAAGGUUGACAGAGUUGCCACCCUUUUUAAAUCUGUGUUGUUGGAAAAUAUUGAAGAUCCAAGUCCCCACGAUUUUGAAGAUUAUUUGCCGUGCCUUGAUAUUUUCACACACCUAUAUACAACAUGAACCAGCCCAACCCAGAUAGUGUCAUACAGAUUCAGGCUCAGUUCUAAUGCAUUUAGAGUUUAAAUUAGUUAUUUGGCAGGAUAUUUAAAUCCACUGACUCUGGGUUUGUCAACAUCAGUUGGGAACAUUGAAGGGUGCUGUCUCCCUCUCGUAGUUGGUAAUCUUGUCUUUUGCUCUUGCCAAACAUCAAGAUUAAUGCCCUCAUUAGAAGGGGUGGAUGCCUGAGUGAAUACGCAAAGCAAUUAAUGACAGACUUAACGUUUUAAAACCACGUGUCAAGAGUUGGACUUGUGUGCAACUGACUUGUGUCAGUUACAUCUAUUAUUUUGUACAAAAUCACUUUAUUUCAUUAAAGCAAGUUAUUUAUUGAAA